GGCAGGAAGCGGGGAGGGGUGGCGGGGCGGGGGCCUCCGGAAAAACGCCCCAACUUCCUGCCCCGCCAGAGCCAGGAAGCUGGAGCCGGGACUCAGGGCCCGGGAUCACCGAGCCCGACCUCGGGCGCCCCGCCGGUCACCUCCCCACGCGGACACCAGCCCUGCAGAGCCCAGGGAGGAGAUGGAAGACGUCGCCGGAGGGGUGCCUCCAGGGCCCCCCAAGCCUGGCCUUGUGCCCAUCAGCAUCAUCGGGGCUGAGGACGAGGAUUUUGAGAACGAGCUGGAGACGAGCUCAGAGUUGCAAAACAGCCAGUUCCAGAGCCUGGAGCAAGUGAAGCGGCGCCCAGCCCACCUCAUGGCCCUCCUGCAGCACGUGGCCCUGCAAUUUGAGCCGGGACCCCUGCUCUGUUGCCUGCAUGCGGACGUGCUGAGCUCCCUGGGCCCCAAGGAGGUCAAGAAGGCGUUCCUUGACUUCUGCCACAGCUUCCUGGAUAAGACCGCGGUUCUGCGGGUGUCCGUUCCUCCUAGUGUGGCCUUCGAACUUGACCGCACACGUCCUGACCUCUUAUCCGAGGAUGUCCAGCGACGGUUUGUGCAGGAGGUCGUGCAGAGCCAGCAGGCAGUCGUGGGUCGGCAGCUAGAGGACUUCCGUUCCAAGCGGCUCAUGGGCAUGACACCCUGGGAGCAGGAGCUGGCCCAGCUGGAGGCCUGGGUUGGGCGAGACAGAGCCAGCUUCGAGGCCCGGGAGCGGCAUGUAGCUGAGCGGCUGCUGACCCACCUGGAGGAGAUGCAACAUACCAUCUCUACCGAUGAAGAAAAGAGUGCUGCUGUGGUCAAUGCCAUCGGCCUGUACAUGCGUCACCUUGGGGUGCGGACCAAGAGUGGGGACAAGAAGUCGGGGAGGAACUUCUUCCGGAAAAAGGUGAUGGGGAACCGGCGGUCAGAUGAACCUCCCAAGACCAAAAAAGGACUGAGCAGCAUCCUGGAUGCUGCCCGCUGGAACCGGGGAGAACCCCAGGCUCCAGAUUUUCGACACCUCAAAGGCGAGGUUGAUGCUGAGAAGCCAGGCCUUACGGACCGGAAGGGAGUCCUGGGUAUGCCCUCUCGGGACCGGAAUCUUGGGGCUCCUGGGCAGGACAGCCCUGGAGUCUCUCUGCACUCUCUGUCUGGGGAUAGCCCAGACCGGGAAGCAGGUGCUGACACCCCCCUGGAGCUGGGGGACCCACCCCUGCAGGGCCCAACCAGCCUGGAGCCUCCAGCACCCCCAGAAAGCAUCGAGGAGGGAGCAGAGACAGAGAGCCCUGAGCCUGGAGAUGAGGCCGAGCCGGGGCGGUCAGGACUAGAGCUGGAACCAGAAGAGCCUCCGGGCUGGCGGGAGCUUGUACCCCCAGACACCCUGCAUAGUCUCCCCAAGAGCCAGGUGAAGCGGCAGGAGGUCAUCAGCGAGCUGCUGGUGACUGAGGCGGCCCACGUGCGCAUGCUGCGGGUGCUCCAUGACCUCUUCUACCAGCCCAUGGCGGAUGGGGGCUUCUUCUCCCUGGAGGAGCUACAGAACAUCUUUCCCAGCCUGGAUGAGCUCAUCGAAGUGCAUUCUUUGUUCCUUGAUCGCCUGAUGAAGCGGAGACAGGACAGUGGCUACCUCAUUGAAGAGAUUGGAGAUGUGCUGCUGGCCCGGUUUGAUGGUGCUGAGGGUUCCUGGUUCCAGAAAAUCUCCUCUCGCUUCUGCAGCCGCCAGUCAUUUGCCUUAGAGCAGCUCAAAGCCAAACAGCGCAAGGAACCUCGAUUCUGUGCCUUUGUACAGGAGGCGGAGAGCCGACCACGGUGUCGCCGCCUACAGCUAAAGGACAUGAUCCCCACAGAGAUGCAGCGCCUCACCAAGUACCCCCUGCUCCUGCAGAGCAUCGGGCACAACACAGAAGAGCCCACAGAACGAGAAAAAGUGGAGCGAGCUGCUGAGUGCUGCCGUGAAAUCCUGCACCACGUCAACCAAGCUGUGCGUGACAUGGAGGACCUGCUGCGUCUCAAGGAUUAUCAGCGGCGUCUGGAUUUGUCCCACCUUCGGCAAAGCAGUGACCCCAUGCUGAGCGAGUUCAAGAAUCUGGACAUCACUAAGAAGAAGUUGGUCCAUGAGGGCCCACUGACAUGGCGGGUGACAAAGGACAAGGCUGUGGAGGUCCACGUGCUGUUGCUGGACGACCUGCUGCUGCUGCUCCAGCGCCAAGAUGAGCGGUUGCUGCUCAAGUCACACAGCCGGACGCUCACACCCACGCCGGAUGGCAAGACCAUGCUGCGGCCUGUGCUGCGGCUCACCUCUGCCAUGACCCGCGAGGUGGCCACCGAUCACAAGGCUUUCUACGUCAUUUUUACCUGGGACCAGGAGGCCCAGAUUUAUGAGCUGGUGGCACAGACUGUGUCGGAGCGGAAGAACUGGUGUGCCCUCAUCACUGAGACCGCCGGAUCCCUAAAGGUUCCUGCCCCUGCCUCCCGCCCUAAGCCCCGGCCCAGCCCUAGCAGCACCCGAGAACCCCUCCUCAGCAGCUCUGAGAACGGCAAUGGUGGCCGAGAGAUGCCUCCAGCUGAUGCCCGGACAGAGAGAAUCCUCAAUGACCUCCUGCCCUUCUGCAGACCAGGCCCUGAGGGCCAGCUUGCUGCCACAGCCCUUCGGAAAGUGCUGUCCCUGAAGCAGCUCCUGUUGCCUGCGGAGGAAGACAGUGGGGCAGGGCCUCCCCGAGACAGGGAUGGGGUCCCAGGGGGUGGCCCCCUGAGCCCAGCGCAGACCCAGGAGAUCCAGGAGAACCUGCUCAGCCUGGAGGAGAUCAUAAAGCAGCUGGAGGAGUUGGAGGAGGAAUUCUGCCGCCUGCGACCCCUCCUGUCUCAGCUCGGGGGGAACCCUGUCCCCAAUCCUGGCUGCACCUGAGGCCCCUGUCCAGGCAGGCCUUUUGCAAGGAGAGGAAUGGGGAGAGGACGUGUAGGGGGCCACCCCCCCCCACCCACACAGCUGCUGAAGCAUCUCAUACCCCGAGGGCCUGAAGAGAGGGAGCUGUUGCUUAGGUCAUGCCUGGGAGAGGCCCAGCUGGGGUCACUGUGUCCCCAUUGGCCUCAGUCUUCUCUCCCUCCUGCUUCUGCUUGGGGGAGGACUCAGGGCUUCAUUCCGGGGUGGGCACCACAGUGACCCCCAGGUCCCGGGCUAUCUCAGUAUUGUUUGUGGGGGCCACCCCUCUACCCCCCACCCCUAAGUGCCUUUGCUCUGUUUUUAUACCCUGAAUUGGAGGUUUAUUUUUUAAUAUAUAUUAUCUAAAGAGAAG